UCGCUUGGCUCUCCAGUCAUACGGUCCUGUACUGAGCGCAGUCUGCUCUCGGUCUCUACGGACGCUCCUCUGUCUGGAUAUCGUUGCCGCUUUCCCUUUUUCCUCUGGAUUAUAUUCUUCUGAUGGUUUUUAACUCCAACUCGAUGAAUAGAAAUGGGUAAAUUGCACUCGAAACAUGCCGCAAUUUGUAAACCGAGGGAGAGUCCAGAAGGCGACAGUUUUGUAGUCAAUGCCUGUUUGGCGAGGAAGGGAAUCGAUGACUGGCUCGUGAAGCAGAAAUACUACUGCACGAGCUCUCGCCUCGAGCAACAGGACUGUCACCACAAGAACAACUGCGGUUUGACUACACGGGACUCCAUGGAUGAAGCAUGUGCAGAGAGGAUUGGAGAUGAACACUACCGUUUAGAAGUGGCUUUACCCCCAGAGAAGACAGACAGCUGCUGUGUGGAGGAGAAGAUGCAGGAGAGGGACAGCCAAUCUCCCGCAGGGCCACAGAAACAGCUCCAGUUUGAAGAGUUGGAGUGUGCUGUGUCUGUGGAGGAGGAUAACCGGCAGGAGUGGACCUUCACCCUCUACGACUUUGACAACAAUGGCAAAGUCACCAGAGAGGAUAUCACUAGCCUGCUCCACACCAUCUACGAGGUCGUGGACGCCUCCGUCAACCAUUCUCCCAGCAGCAGCAAGACAUUGCGGGUCAAGCUGUCGGUAGCUCCCGACUCCAGCCAGCGGUGGAGGAGUUGUACGCAGGGUGCGGCAGACAUGUCCCACCCCAGAGAGAAAAAUGACAAGUGCAUAGAAGACCCCAAGAGUGCAGACAAGAAGACUCGAGCCCUCCUAAGGCGCCACCACAGUGACCACCACACCCAGCCGGGCUGCCAGCGCCACUGUGUGGAUGAGAACCUGGAACGCAGGAACCACUACUUGGACCUGGCAGGCAUCGAAAACUACACAUCCCGCUUCGGAGCCGCCCCCACCACAGAGCCGACAAAGGCAGAGCCUCAGACCCGCUCAUCCAACCAGACUCGUUCUCGCUCCCAUGAACCAGAAAAUGGCCACUCCCAUUCCCACCACCGGCGCUUGCAGACUGUUGUGGACACUGUUGCUCUGGACAGCCUCCACCCCACCCGUACGCGAGGCCAGGACUCAGGGAAACAUGCCCUCCGUUCUCCUAAGACUCACAGCCGCACACCUCCUGCGCAGAUAAGCAGCAGGGUGAUGAGAAGCCGAGGUGCGCCUCCUCCACAGGCGCUCCCCAGCCAGACGCCUCCUCACCAAUCCACAGCCCCUUACCGCAAACACAAGCAGCGGUCUAAGGAAAGCCAGGGCUACAGGGCCUUAGGCGCUUUGGCUCCGGGACCAGUGGUGGAGAAGGAGCAGGUGAGGGACCUGCCCAGUGUGCUGCUGUAUGAGGGGGGGCUGGCACAAGUGGUGCAACGGCAUGAGCAUCACCACCACCAUGAACACCAUCACCACUACCACCACUUCUACCAGUCCUGAAUUUCCACCUUGCCUGGGACAGCUCAGCACUCCUGCAGGCCCACAAAACCCAACCAGGCCAGAAGACGCCGACUGCAGUGAGCUUCCUCUUGAACCGCGAGGCUACCCUACAUUGUGCAGUACUGCGGUGCCUUUGUAGUAGACACAGGACAUGGGUAGGAGAGGAGGAUCAUAGAGGAGGGGUGUCCCAGUGUUGACAGGUUAUCAAUCAGUGUUAUAAAUGGGUUGGUCAGACGUACAAAAGCUUGGGUAAGCAGCAGGACAGUGAUUUAGGGCCUGAGUAGGGCCAGGACUGAGGAUCACGGCUGGGGCUAAAGAGGAGGCACAGAGGGACAUUUUCAUAAACGACCCUGAAGUUCCUCUUGCCCCCCUCCGACCCUGUAAUCCUCUACCUGAUGUACUCUAAGGCUCCAAACCAGCACCACAACCCUUCCAGACCACUAAGCCAAAAGGUUUUUAAGGAAAAGGAGGGACAAGAGGAAGAAAGACUGUGAUGUAAAGAUGAAAAUAUAUGAAGGAAUAUAGGUGAUAGGAGAGCAGGCAGUGUGUGUGUGUGUGUGUGUGUGUGUGUGUGUGUGUGUAAGUAAAGCAGCGUGUGAAUGUGUGGGCGUAGCAAGAGCGUGUGUGUAUGUGAGUGUCACGACACUGGUGUCUGUUGAAAACCACUUGAAGUGCACUCAUGGGUGCGUGAGUAUUUAAAGCAGGCUGUCAGGCAGGUUUUUGAAGAUGAAAAUGAAGAUUCAGAUUCAAGCAUGCAAUACCCCGUCAGCAAAAAUAGGAAGGAAAAUGUUGAAAUGUCAUAAAGUGUAAAAAGAAAAGAAAAAAGAACAGAGAGCCCAAUCCGCUGCUACCUCUAAUUUUAUCCUAAUUGUUGUUGUCAUGGUGACUUUGACUAAGCAUUCAGAGGUUAUUUUCAAAUUACUUCAACACUUUUUUGAAACAAGAGAAAUUGUGUGAUAAUCUGCAGUACUGAAGUGUCAUGAAAUUCCUCACUUUUAUUAACUAACAUUGACUGUACAUAAGGUAUAUAUUGUUAUCAAUUUUAUAAGCUUUAUUGAUAAUGUGAUAUCUUUGUAUUCACUAUCUGAGGCUUUUAUGUUUGUUUUCCUUCACAACCGCAUUUUGUAAGACCACUAGGAGCCUCAUUUCGACUAAAAAAAUGUACAAAAGUCA